AGACGACGCGGGGGAGCGAUUAGCGAAGGGCUUUAAAAAAUAAGGGGGAAAAAUUUAGGGUGAGAGAAAGAAAAAAAAAACAGCGAAGAGGGAGCCGGGGAUCGAAACCCUAGGCGCGGUCGGCGGCGAUGGCGGCGGCGGCGGCGGCGGCGCCGGAGUCGUACAUCGGUAGCGUGAUAAGCCUCACGUCCAAGAGCGAGAUCCGGUACGAGGGCGUCCUCUACACCAUCAACACCGAGGAGUCCAACAUCGGGCUCAGGAACGUUCGCUCAUUUGGAACUGAAGGCCGUAAGAAAGAUGGCCAACAGAUUCCUGCCAGUGACAAGAUAUAUGAGUACAUACUCUUUCGAGGAAGUGAUAUAAAGGAUUUGCAAGUCAAAUCCUCUCCACCAGCUCAACUGGCAACUUUACACAAUGAUCCUGCGAUUAUUCAGUCACAUUAUCCUCAUCCAGCCUUGUCAUCUACAAGCUUGCCUUCUGCUGCAAGCACAACAGCAGCUGAUGCUACUUCACACAAUGCUCCGUCUGCAAUUCGGAUGCCACCACCAUUUCAAGGGAAUUUGCCACCUUACCAACCUGGCGCGAGCUUACAGUCAUGGAACUCGUCACCUAUGCCAUCGUCAGCAAAUGGCGCCGGCCUAACAAUGCCACCAAUGUACUGGCCAGGAUAUUACACACCACCAACUGGGUUUCCUCAUCUUCAGCCACCACCCUUUCUUCGGCCACCACACAGUUUAACAGUUCCACAGGCUUUGCAGCCUCCUGUCCAAUAUCCUGGACUUAAUGGAUCUGUACCAGCUGGCUUUCCAAGUAUGCCAGAGCUUCCUUCUUUUCUCCAACCUGGUAAUAGUAAUAGUAAUAGUCUAGGCCCAUCUUCAGGUGUAUCGACAUCAGUGUCAGCACCUGUUUCAUCGAGUACAUCAGUAACUGAAUCAUCAGGAAGCCAAUUGCCAAAGUUAUCCUCCAUUUCUGCUUCUAUGUUUUCUGUGGGUUUAACUCCCCCAUCUGUGAGUCCUUCGAUUUCUGCAGUUGAACCCUCCAUGCUUGUGUCGCAAGGCAUACCUUCUUUGGUGAACAGUAAGCCAGUAGCUCUACCCGAUUCCACUGUGCCAUCUGUCUCCAGUGAUAAGCCUGUGAGUGUACCUGCUGCUUCAGUGCCAACCUAUCUACCUUCCUCUCAGUCACCUUCUGCUAAUGAUGCAUCGCCAGUCAAUGUUGCAGAGCAAGUUACAUUGGUAACUCCUGGUCAACUUCUGCCAACUGCUUCCUCCACAGUUAUUUCAUCUCAGGCAUUGCAAACUGCCUCUCCUAUGGUUCCAUCCUCCAAGGUUGCCUCUACAGUUCCAUCCUCUGAGGCAACCUCCUCUGUGGUUCCGUCCUCUCAGGCUACUUCGUCUAUAGCUACACCCUCGCAGGUUGCUUCUUCAUCUGUUCUUUCACAAGAUGUGCAAGUGAUAAGUGAAACUAAAGCAGCUAAACAGCGUGAAUGGAAGGCAAAACAACCUGCGGUUGCUCCAUCUGGAAAUAAGGAGCCCCUAUUGCCAGCUCCAAAGCCUGUACUUGAGAAGCCUAUUGGAGCUUCCUCAUAUGUUCAGUACAACAACAGAGGCCGAGGAAGAGGAAGAGGUGGCAGAGGAAAUGGGCAAUCGCGUCCCAUAACCAAGUUCACAGAGGACUUCGAUUUCAUGGCAAUGAAUGAGAAGUUUAACAAAGAUGAAGUAUGGGGCCAUCUUGGUAAAAGUACAGGACAGUUAAAUGAUGAUCUAAAUGAUUAUGAAGAUGUUCUAGAAGAUGAAAUAUCUCCUAGAAAGCCAGAAGCUAAGCCUGUGUAUGUUAAAGAUGAUUUCUUUGAUUCUCUCUCGUGCAACACAAUUGACAAUGGAGGGAGGAAUGGAAGAAUUAAAUUCUCUGAGCAGAGAAAAAUAGACACCGAGACCUUUGGUGACUCGGCAAGGCAUCGGCCAAUGGGCAUGCGAGGAGGGAGGGGCCCCCGUGGUGGUGGUCCUCGUGGUCGUGGCUAUUAUGGUAGAGGAUAUGGAUAUAUGGGUAGGGGACGUGGCUACUCUUACCCAAAUCACCAAUCAUGAUACAAAAGAUGGAUAUGCUAUUCAGUGCCUAGGCUAGAAGCACAUGAAUGAGGUGAAGAAAUGACCUAUUUGCUUGGAAACCCGAGAUCGAUCACAAGUCCCGUCUCGGCUGUUGGAAGAGUGCCUAUUAAUUGUAAGAUAUGGACUAUCUUUCAGCUAUAGCUGAAAAUGCGGUAAUAGUUUGGUGGCCGAUUUGAUAAGAAUCGGUGUCACCCUUGAAUCAAAGGCAGGUUGAAUGCAUAUCUGCUCUGUUGCCAGUGUCGAUUCCCUUGGGAGAUAAAUAGGACCAUGAUAAAUGCGCUGUUGGAUGUUCUUGUUGAGCUUUCUUAGAGCUCAAGACAUUGUCAUAUAUGUUGCAGGAACAUGGUGCUCCUGAUGGGAGUGCUUAAGUUCAAUGUGUGCUAGUCAGUAGUACCUCUGGAAAUCUGCGAUACAAAAUACUAUGCACAGAUUUGUGUACCUUACAAUUAGUUGUAUUGUGCACUGGUAACAUGGUUUUAUGUCGUUCUUUGGAUUUCAUGGCUUGGUCUAGUUCUGUGUGUAGCCAUUUGCUCUGGACAUAUCUUACAAUUA